AUGGCUGAUUCGACCAUCAAUCAACUCAAUAAAGACACUAAACAGAAUCCGGCGGAAUCAUCUACUCAUAUUGCUACACUUGUUAGCCACAACAACUGUAUACCAGAAACUAAAAGUUGUUUUGAAACACUACCAAACGAAAUACUGCUGUACAUUGCUUCAUAUUUGAGUUUAUCCGAAUAUUUACAAGCAUUUUUCAAUUUAAAUCAACGUUUUCGAUCACUGGCAUUCGAAUUUAUAUCACAUGCUAGGGUUUCAUUUGACGAAGACUCUUUGAUUCUUAAUGAUUACUUGCCAUACAUUGCUCAUGCCGUUCAAGCUGCGCAUGUUGAUAUACAAUUAGUACCAAAUACAUUUCCAGCUACAUAUUCGUGGUCAAAUCUUCGUUCAGUUAUACUUACUGAUUCGAUAUAUUUUGCAGCGACACUCAAUGUUCAAAAUUCGUCCGUUAUGCACGCGAUUAUGUCAUGUUUGAACAUUUUUCAAAAAUGCACGCCAUCGUCUGAAACUAAUCUAGAGCUUGACAACAAUCAACAAAUAAGAACGCUCUUAAAUAUGGAACCUAAUCUAACAAUCGUACGCUUAACUAUCGAUAUUUGGGAUGAAGAAAGUUUACUCUGUUUAUGUUCAAUUACACCCAAUUUGGCCUCUCUCAGAAUUUUUAAUCUUUAUUCAAAUGAUGAUGAUUCAAGUCAUUCCACUAUUGCAUCUCAUAUCACUUCACCUACAAAACUAACUGAAUUAUUCAUUGGUAAUCGUGGUAACUUCGGCAUCCGCCUUAGGUCGAUUCAAAGAUUGAUUGAGUGUUAUCGAUCAUCUCUCGAAAAGUUGACAUUGUAUAUUCGUGCUGGUAAACAAAAGUUCUAUGGACAAGAUCUCGAAGCAUUAUUUCGCUCAUGCCAAUGUCUCAAAAAAUUUCAAUUUGCUAUUCGAUAUUACGAUCGCCACAUCAAUAUGAACCAGUUAGUACAACAGUUUCUGACUGAUUGGUGGCUGCAUAAAGAUCAACCGCCGGUACUGGUUACAUACGAUCUCGCUAAUGAAGUUUUCAUAUGUUCAAUGCCUCCUUUUGUAAAUCUUAAUCGUCAAUUUCUAAGUGAUCUGCUAUUGUGGGAGAUAAACAAAAAGCAAGUAGACGAACCGAACGUUUAG